UAGUGGGCGGGGCCGACCUGUUCCUUGGUUUCUAGCCGUUCCUGUGGCGCAGAUCCCGCUUGGCGCUGAAGCCCUGGUUCCAGAUUUCUACAGACAGUCGGUUAAUAGACUCCGUACAGCGCCCAGUGCGGGGGACUAGCGGGCAGAACGCUGCGGGCGGGCGGUGGCGUGGAGUGUGCGGGUCAUCAGCAGAUGGUGGGAAGCGGUGGUUCGGAGAUCUGAUUGGUUGAGAUAUGUUAUGGGCGGGGACGGUGGGCGGUGCUCGUGUCUUGCUAGCGCUUGGCCGCGGCGGCUCCGGGUUGCGGGCAGUUCUGCAGCGGACUGUGAGGAGCGCGCCGUACAGCAGCAGCAAGAGAUACAGCGCAGCCAUGCCUGAGGUGGACACUGGUGCGCUGGAUGAGAAGCAGGUCCAAUUGCUCUCGGAGAUGUGUAUUCUAGUUGAUGAGAAUGACAAGAAGAUUGGGGCCGACACCAAGAGGAACUGUCACCUGAACGAAAACAUCGACAAAGGUAUGCUGCACAGAGCCUUCAGCGUCUUCUUGUUUAACACUGAAAAUAAACUCUUGUUACAGCAAAGAUCGGACGCUAAAAUCACCUUCCCAGGAUGUUACACAAACACGUGCUGCAGUCACCCUCUCAGUACCCCCUCGGAAAUCGAGGAAGAAGAUGCUAUAGGAGUGCGACGAGCUGCCCAGAGGCGGUUGAAGGCUGAAUUAGGAAUUCCAAUGGAGCAGGUAAAACCUGAUGAACUUAGAUAUCUGACCAGGAUUCACUACAAAGCUCCGUCAGACGGCAUCUGGGGUGAACAUGAAGUAGAUUACAUCCUUUUUGCACAGAAGGAUGUCGCAGUUGAUCCCGAUCCCAACGAGAUCAAAAGUCAUUGCUACGUGUCCAAAGAGGAGCUAACAGAGUUAUUAGAAAGGGCCAAGCGGGGAGAGGUGAAGAUUACCCCUUGGUUCCAGCUCAUUGCAGACACUUUUCUAUACAAAUGGUGGGACAACCUGGAGAAUUUAAAAUCAUUUGAGGAUCAUGAGAAAAUCCACCGAAUGUAAAUGACAGAAGGAAGAGAAUAAUGUUCUUGUGUGAAGUUCUGCUUCUGUGGUGGGCUGCUUGUACUGAUAGAUACACAUGACACUAAAGUCUUGGCGAGUACUGAAAUCCAGUGUAAUAUAGAAAGGCAAAAUAAUUAAUCCAGUGCUGUCUUUCUAAAUGGAAGAAAAAUUAAACUUCUACAAAAUAUGGUUUUCUAGAAUUAACUGAACCCUUAAAGGGGUUGUCUCACCUUAAACAUUGGUGGCAUAUUGCUAGGAUAUGCCACUAAUGCCAGGUGCAGGUCCCAUGCACCUUUCUCUAGAACGGAGCGCCCAAAGCAUUGGAGAGUGCACCACGCAUUUGCAGCCGCUCUCCAUUCAACUCUAUGGAAGUGCUGAAAAUAGCCUGGCGGUGCGCUUGGCUGUUUUUGGAACUCCCAUAGAAAUUAAUGGAGAGCACCAUGCAAGCGCAGCCCUGCACCACUUCUCCAUUCACUUCUAUGGACCUGCUGGAAAUAGCCAGCGCUCGGCUAUUUUUAAUAUUUUUUUUUUUUUUGCAUUCCCAUAGAUGGAGGGUGGCCCACACUUGUUCACUUUGGGUGCUCAGUUCUAGAUAUAGGUGUUGGACCCGCACCUAUCUGACACUGGUGGCAUAUCCUAGCAAUAUGCCACCAAUGUUUAAGGUGAGACACCCCUUUAAGGACAGUGAUUUAUUUUACCACCUGUGUAUUUUACGAUAACUUCCAUACUGACUUAAUUAAAGAAACUCAGAUUUCAAGAAAUACAAA